AUGCAUCAUCUACGCGCUCUCGUCGGCGUUGGCCUUGCUGGUCUGGCGGCCGGAGUGCCCUUGACUGACAAGACAUCAGUCAAGCCGCGACAAGCACCCGGAGCGCAAAACGUCGUCUACUGGGGGCAGAACGGCGGCGGUACGAUCGAGAAUAACGACCUCGCGGCGUAUUGCCAACCCAAUUCCGGAAUCGACGUUUUGGUUCUUGCAUUUCUAUAUCAAUUUGGAAAUGGCGGCAACAUACCUUCAGGGACUAUAGGCCAAUCAUGCUACAUCAGCACGUCCGGCCAGGGUCAAAACUGCGAAGCCCUGACCGCAGCCAUACACACCUGCCAGUCGGCCGGUGUCAAGAUCAUCCUGUCCCUCGGCGGCGCGACAAGCUCCUACUCCCUCCAGACACAGGCGCAGGCCGAGCAAAUAGGCCAGUACCUGUGGGAUUCGUACGGCAACUCUGGAAACAAGACGGUGCAGCGGCCGUUUGGCAGCAACUUUGUCAACGGAUUCGACCUCGACAUCGAAGUCAACGGCGGCAGCAGCCAGUACUACCAGUACAUGAUUGCCAAGCUACGCUCCAACUUUGCGUCGGACAAGUCCAACACGUACCUGAUUACCGGCGCGCCGCAGUGCCCCAUCCCCGAGCCCAACAUGGGCGUCAUCAUCAGCAACGCCGUCUUCGACCAUCUCUACGUCCAGUUCUACAACAACAACAACUACACGGUCCCCUGCGCGCUGGGCAUCAACGGCAACGCCCCCUUCAACUACAACAACUGGACGUCCUUUAUCGCCGAUACGCCGUCGGCCGGUGCCAAGAUCUUCAUUGGCGUGCCGGCCUCGCCGCUGGCGUCGACGGGCACGCCCAGCGGCGCGCAGUACUACGCCGCGCCGGAGCAACUGGCCGCCAUUGUCGGCGAGUACAGGAGCGACGCCCAUUUCGGCGGCAUCAUGAUGUGGAGCGCGGGCUUCUCGGAUGCCAAUGUCAACGACGGGUGCACGUAUGCGCAGCAGGCAAAGAGCAUCCUCGUCAGCGGAGCGCCUUGCGCGUCGUCGGGGCCUCCGAGUUCUACGCCGGCAACAGCUCCGGCCCCGACCGCGACCACGAUGCCAUCUUCGACUUCGGUGUCCUCUCCGACAGCGUCGCCUACCGGCGGCACAGUUCCCCAGUGGGGUCAGUGCGGCGGCGAGGGCUAUUCCGGUCCUACUCAGUGCGUUCCUCCUUACCAAUGUGUCAAGCAAGGCGAUUGGUGGUCGUCAUGCCGGUGA